AUGUUCCCCGGUGAAUUGAAGGAUCUGACGCCGAUCGAGGAGAAGCUUAUCGCGCUGAAUUCGUGCUACGGCUUCAUCGCCCAGUAUAGUAUCCCUAAUGGUCCGAGGCAAGGAGUGAGGUAUGGAAGGCAUGUCAAAGGGCAUAUCACCGUCUUCCCAAAUAACGUGCAGGAGCUGGUGGCCAACGUCCUCCCGCAUCCGCUCCUGAAGGUAGUCGACGAGAUUCAUGUGUCCUGGCAGGGGUCGGAGAAGCCAGUACCAAGCGAUCUAUCGGUCCUUCUAUCGGUCCGGCGUCGGGUGGUAGAGAAAGCACUGGUGUGGCUAAAGCGGUAUAAUCCGCUAUAUAGGCACAUCGAGAUCGACGUGGCGGAAUUGGACAGCUGGGAUGCGCCCUUACACGGGGUACCAUCUCGAGUAUAUGAGCGGUUAAGACGGGACGAGCCGUCGGCGCAGGAGAAGGCACGAACCGGGCAGGUAGUCCCGUCUACGGAGCGUGGCCUAGACGAGGGAGAAGCAGUAGAUAUUCGAGAAGUGCUGGCUACGUUAGGUCAGGGGGACGAUAUCGAGACUAGCCAGGAGGUAACAGAAGAAAUGGAACAGGGCGAUACUACCGAUAGGGAUAGGGAUAGGGUCCUUGGCGAUGCUGCAGUCCCCGUUUAUGAAACCAGUUCAUCUGGCAUAUUCGCACUAGAUAAGGGACCGGAUAUCGCGAACGGGGAGAAGUUAUAG